UGUGUCUAGUGAUAUAUAGAACGUUAGAAUCGUAUAUGUUUCUGUUGUUAUUUUUCAAGCCUUUUAGUAUUGCUUUUGAGACAUUACAAGUACUUUUAUUGGGAAGUCUUUUCAUUUUCAUAAUGGAUAGAUCUAUCUAUAGAUCAUGUAACAUUUUCCCGUAGAACAUAUAAUAAACACAGGCUGAAGGUUCUUUAGUCUGCAAAUUGUUUUUUGUAGGCUAUUUUGAUUCAUGGUUUUCAAUUGCUCAAUAUAUGGUUCCAUGAUUCGGCAGGGAACAACACAAAUUGCCAAAGGUCCAAACUCCUUGAUAUAUCAAUAGCAGGUUGUUUGCAAACUUUUUUUAUGUAGCCAUGUUAUUUUGUUGUUGUGUUACCAAGUGGUUGGGGGUUCUCAUGUUUUCUGGUCCCGUUAUUCACUUUUUCCUUAUUUGCUUAUAGCUCCCAUUUUUUUUUGUGAUGCAUUUAUUUUGUUGUUUUCUUUCUUCAUUCCUCUAACUUAGUAUUCCCUGUUCUUUAAAGAAGAUGUGUUUUGUGAAGCAUGGCACUGUAGUUUUCUUUAUAUUCUUUUCCCUUUUCCCCAUAUAAAAAUAAAAUUAUUUGAAUGAACAGGUAAAACAUGUUAAGCCAACUAUGUUACCAUUUUUUUCUUGUCCACUUAUAUCUCAUAAAAGAAAAAAAAUUUAGUGCUGCAUUUAUUUUGCUGUUUUCUUUCUUUCUUCCUCUAAGCCAGUAUUUUAUGAUCUUGAAAGAAGAUGUGUUUUGUGAAGCGUGGCACUGUAUAGUUUUCUUAAUUUCUUUUCCUUUCUUUUCUUUUCUCUUUUUUUUUCCUUCCUAUAAACGUAAGGGGGUUUGUUGCUUGGUGCAAUAGUAAAAGCUCUACAGGACCUUUUUACCUAUGCCUAGCCUGCUCAGUUAGUGUCAAUGUCAAGAAAAUGCACCAAUCUCUAUCUUUUUUUCUUAAAGGUUUAUAUGUUUGUGAUUAUUUUAACUUGACAUGUUUUUAGUUGGUGGGUUGUCUUGGCAAUGUUUAUAUAUUUAUUAAUUCUUUCUAAGACCAUGGCUUUCCAUGAUUCUUGGCAAUCAUUCGUUUUCUAUUGUUAUUGUUGAUGCUGUUGCUAAAGGCCAAGGGUACUUCUAAUUGUUGUUGUGGAUUGGAUUUGUCAUUAUUGUAACUUAACAAAUUUGAGUGCGGGUUCAUUCUAUGAAUGGAAAGGCAUUCUCAUGUGGAACUUGGGUUUUCUUCUGGACAUCAUGACGUUAUUGAUGGCACUCUGUCAUUAUGUGCAUAUCUGGUGGCUUCAUGGCAUGAAAUUUCAUCUUGUGGAUGUAGUUCUUUUCCUAAAUAUAUGUGUAAAGUUUCUCACUAUUUUUUUGUAGCAAUAUAUUGACAUUCAUUUGACUUGGACUUUUCAACAUUAUUAUUUCAUGUUUAUUUUGUUUAACACUUCAUAUUAUU